AUGAGUGGCACGCCAGCUGCAAGCAGUGGCCUACAGGCAGCCCUCUCAUACUGUGUCAGGCAAGUCCGCGCCUAUGACUACCACCACUACCUCUGCCUUCUCCACCUGCCUCCGGACAUGCGCAAGGCUGCGUUCACCUUCCGCGCCUUCAACGUGGAGACAGCAAAGGCCAUGGACGUCGUGUCCGACCCUCGGACUGGCCUCAUGCGCCUCCUCUGGUGGAAGGACGCCGUUGACAAGGUCUUUGCCAACAAGCUGGUCGAGCACCCCGUUGUCCAAGCGCUCUCUUCGGUCAUUGCAGACCACAAGGUGAGCAAGCACUGGCUCAAGCGGUCUGUGGAGGCAAGGAUAAACGAUGCCAACCGUGACGAGGGCACCAUUCCCGAGACGAGCGCUGAGUUGGAGAGGUAUGCGGAAGACACCCAGUCCACCAUCCUUUACAUGACCCUGCAGGCUGGUGAGAUACAGUCCACCGUUGCUGAUCACGCCGCCUCUCACAUCGGCAAAGCCAGCGGGCUUCUGUUACUGCUCAAGGCACUGCCUCACCAUGUAAAUAAGCAAGGGACAGUACCUUAUAUCCCAGCUAGUGUGGCUGAGGAAUGUGGCCUACUCACACGGAAGGGUGGCAGAUCAGAGGUCAGGAUGGACGAGAGGCUGCCAGACGCAGUUUUCAAGGUUGCAUCUGUUGCCGAGGCUCACCUGCACAAGGCGCGGGAGCUUGCAUCGUCGGUGCCUAAAGACGCGAUCCCCGUGCUCCUCCCAGCCUUGCCGGCCCAGGUCCUCCUGGAUACCCUGCGAAGAUGUGAGUUCAAUGUGUUUGAUUCUCGGUUGUGGAGGGGAGUCCACGGGGUCUCUCCUCUGUGGUAUCAGCUCAAGCUUAACUGGAACGCGUGGCGAAGCAAGUACUGA